AUGGACUAUGAAGCACAGCAGCUGCAAGAAAUUGAAGCAUUGCAGGCUAUUUAUCAAGAAGACGAGCUGGAAUUGAUCUGUACUCAGUAUCCAGACAUUGCACUUCGGAUCAAGCUUAGAUCAGGGCAGGUAAUUUUCGUUAAUAGUAGUGAAUCGUCUUUUAUCCUACUGUUGAAGUAUAUUGAUGAAAUUGGGAUAUUACUAGAGGAGAAAAAGAAGGAAGUGGAAUUGAAGGUUGAGGAAGAGAAAGAAAAGGCCGAAGCUAUAGAACGCAGAAAAUUUGAAGGCACUAUUGUUACACCAGAAUCGUUCCGGAUAUGGAAAGAGAAAUUUGAUAAGGAACGAAAAGCGUUGAUGGAAAAGAAAGAGAAGGAACGUGAAGCGUCGUUGGCGGGUAAAUUAACGGGUAGGCAACUAUUCCUGAGGGAUGCGACACUGAAUCUAUCCGAUGUUGCACUAAUCGAGCAGGGCGUGGAGAUAGACGAAUCGUUGUUCCUAGAAGAAAUCGACGGUUUGGAUCUUGAGAUCGAUGAGGAUUAA